CAGCUUGGCCCCAGAGUCGCGUAACCUCUUUGAAAGGAUCAAUCCCAAGAAACUAGCGUUGGUACCAUCCUGCCAGCUCAGCUACACUUUACUCAGAUUUCACCAGUUUUCCCCAUAAUGUCCUUUUUCUGACCAGUCUCCCGCGUGGCAGUUACUCCCGUCUCCUCGGUCUCCUCCAGAGGGUGGCAGUUCCUGGGUCUUCCCGACCUGGGUGUUUGGAGGAGUGGCCCUCAGUUGGAUGUGUCUGAUGUGUCUCGGGAUUAGAUUAAGCUUGUGUGGUUUCGGCAGGAAGCCCAUGGAAGCGACAUUCCCGGCGGGAAGGGUCAGGAGGCAGCAGCGGGGUCCUGAAGGUGAGCCGAAGGUCGGGGAGUCGGCUGUGCGCCUCUUGAGGAGACACCUAAACCUGGGCGACCUCGUGCUUGAGGUAGACGGUCCUCCCCGUAAACAGCUGUGUCUCAACCGGUUGAUUGAUUAUGAUGGUCCUGGGGCCCACACUGACCUUUCCAGUUCAUUGAUAGGCUCUGCUUUGCGGGACCAAGCUGCGCAGCUGGGUGUUCCAGCAGCCGUCCUGUCCAGCCAGGUGGUGGCCUCUGGCCUCGUGCAGGUGUGUGAAGCAGAUGCAGGUCCCCCUCCCAAGGUGCUGAUGACGCCGGACCAGAGGAAGAAACUGUCUUCCUUGUUUGAGAUCGCUCAGAAUUUAUUAGCACAAAGCAUGUUUUCCCGUCUUUCCUUCUGUCAAGAAUUAUGGAAAGUACAGAAUUCUUUGCUGCUUGAAGCUGUGUGGCGCCUUCAUGUUCAAAACAUUGUAAGCCUCCAAGAGCUGCUGGAAAGCCAUGCCGACUCUCAGGCCGUGGUGGCCUGGCUCUCCAGGGACCUGCGCCUGCUGUGUGAGCAGACAGAGGCACCCUGUCAGCACGCCGACGUCGCCAGGGCUAUGCUUUCUGAUUUUGUGCAAAUGCUUGUUUUGAGGGGAUUCCAGAAGAACGUGGAUGUGAGAGGAACCGUGGAGCCGGAGUGGAUGACCCAGGUGGCCGUUGCUGUUCUCGAGAGGAUGCUGGCUUCCGCGCUCGAAGCUUUGGCGGCCGGGAUACAGGAGGGGUCCGCAGCACACAAGGCAGUGAGCUGCUGGUUCAGUGUGUUCAGUGGACACAUGUAUCGAAGUAUAAUUUCAACCGAGUCUCCCAAGAGGUUCUUCUGUCACACUCUGACCCAGAUCCUCACCCACAAGCCUGUGCUGAAAGUUUCCGACGCUGUUCAGAUGCAGAGAGAGUGGAGCUUUGCAAGGACCCCGCCUCUGCUCAGUGGCCUGUACCGUAGGCUCUUCGUGAUCCUGAGCCCAGAGGAGCUAGUGGACUGCUUACAAGAAGUUCUGGAGACACGGGAGGUGAACUGGCAACACGUGCUGUCCUGCGUGUCCACACUGGUGAUCUGCUUGCCAGACGCACAGCAGCUGGUUAACGGUUGGGUGUCGCGUUUGCUGGCUCAUGCGUUCGAGAGCUGUGACCUGGACAGCAUGGUCCUGGCGUUCCUGGUUGCGCGGCAGGCUGCGCUGGAGGGCCCAGCUGCCUUCCCGUCCUACGCCGCCUGGUUCCAGGCCGCCUUCGGGAGCGCAAGGGGCUUCCACAGCUGCAGCAAGAAGGCGCUGGUCUUCCUCUUCAAGUUCCUGUCUGACCUCGUGCCCUUCGAGGCCCCCCGGUACCUGCAGGUGCACGUCCUCCACCCGCCGCUGGUUCCCAGCAAGUACCGCGCCCUCCUCACUGACUACGUGGCGCUGGCCAGGACGCGCCUGGCCGACCUCAAGGUUUCUAUAGAAAACAUGGGGCUCUAUGAGGAUUUGUCUUCAGCUGGGGACGUCACCGAGCCCCACCGCCAAACGUCCCAGGAUGUUGAGAAGGCCAUCAUGGUGUUUGAACACACGGGGAAGAUUCCCGCCGCCGUCCUGGAGGCCAGCAUAUUCCGGAGGUCCUACUACCUGUCCCACUUUCUCCCCGCCCUGCUCACACCGCGAGUGCUCCCGAGGGUCCCUGAUUCCCGGGCCGUUCUCAUAGAGUCCCUGAGGAGAGCGGAGAAAAUUCCCCCCUCCUUAUACUCCACCUACCGUCAAGCCUGCUCCACUGUCAGAGAGAAGCCAGAAGAUGCAGCCUCGCGAAGGGAGGUGGAGCCCAGCUGUGCGGAGGAGCCGCUGGGCCUGCUCACAACUGCCCUGCGAGAGCUCAGGGCCUCAGUGACAGAUCCCCCCCAGCACGACGCGUUGUCGGCUCAGAUGGCAGUGAUCUCUGAACAGCUCCGCUCCGCCCUGGGCCUCAGCGAGGAUGACAGUGACGUCGAGGGGGCCCAGGUUCAGCUCAGCGUCCGGGCCCCCGAGCUGCAGCCAUGGGAGCAGAGGGUCGUGGACCUCCUGCUGACGUCUUUCUGUCAGAACCUCAUGGCGGCCUCCAGCGUUGCCCCACCGGACAGGCAGGGCCCCUGGGCCGCCCACUUCGUGAGGACCCUGUGCAGACGCAGGCUCCUGCCGGCUCUGCUUAGCAGGCUCUGCCAACUGCUCCGUCACCAGGGCCCGAGCCUGAGUGCCUCACAUGUGGUGGGGUUGGCUGCCCUGGCCGUCCACCUCGGCGAGUCCAGGUCUGCCCUCCCGGAGGUGCAUGUGGGCCCUCCCACGCCUGCCAGGGGCCUGCCCGUCCCCGAGCUCUUCGACAUCCUCCUGCCCUGUAGAACCCAGGAGUCCUCGGCCCUGUGUCUGAAAUUUUGUACAGCGGCAAUUUCUUAUUCUUUGUGUAAGUUUUCUUCCCAGUCACAUGACAUCUUGUACAGCUGUUUGUCUCCAGGCCUUAUAAAAAAGUUCCAGUUCAUCGUGUUCAGAUGGUUCUCAGAGGCCCGAGACCCGCCCUCUUGGGAGGACCCGGCCAGCUCCCCCUGGAGGCCCCUGUGCCUGCCCUCCGCGGACUGGCGGCGAGCUGCCCUCUGCCUGUGGAAGCAGAGGACCUCGCGGGAGCUGCUGCAGCGGGAGGGGCUCCGCUUGACUUACAGAGACUGGUUACAGCUGGAACUAGAAAUUCAGCCUGAAGUUGAUUCUCUUUCAGAUACAGAAAGGCGGGACUUCCACCAGUGGGCCAUCCACCAGCACUUCCUCCCCGCGCCCUCUGCCACCGGGGGCUGUGACGGAGACCUGGAAGUCGCCUGCACCACGCUUGUCGACGUGCUCAUGGACUUCUGCCAAAGUUCAAGGAGUUAUGAUCACUCAGAGAAUUCUGAUUUGGUUGUUGGUGGCUGCACAGGAAAUCGGGAUAUUUUUUCCAGGUUGCAGGAGAUGGCUGCUGACCUGGAGCAGGGCCCAGCGCCCCUCGGCCAUGCUGCUCCCCGGGGCCACUUCCUCUUCGGAGUUUUCUGCAGACGCCUCCAGGCCCUGGCUCGAGGGUGGGACGUGGCCAGCCGCCUGCAGCGACAGCGGGAGCUGCUCAUGUGCAAACGCAUCCUCCUCGGCCUGCCCCCCUCCGUGCUUGUCGGCAGCCCCUGCUUGGAGCAGCUGGCCGCCCCCGACUGCGAUGACUUCUUCCACUUGGUCAACUCGGAGCUGAGAAACUUCUCCCACGACGGCGCCCUGACCCACGACAUCACGGCCCACUUCUUCAGGGGGCUCCUCAACGCCUGUUCACGAAGCAGAGACCCCUCCCUGGCAGCCGACCUGACCCUGACUGCCUGCCAGACCCAGUGCCCCUUGCUUCUGACCUCUGCUCUGCUGUGGUGGCCGCACCUGGAGCCCGAGCUUCACCACCGGUGGAGGAGAUGCUCCCAGAGCCCGCUGCCUACAGAGCUGCGGAGGCUGCAGGAGGCCCAGCACUUUGCCGCGAGCGUCCUCUCCCCCCUUGUGGCACCCCCCGCUCCUAGCCCGGCCUGGCUCUGUGCGGCCGCCCUGCACUUCGUGAUUCGACGGGCCGGGAAGGAGAGCAUCCGACAGGAGCUGGGGCAGCUGGACAGCCAAGGAGAGGAGCUGUUGGUUUUCCUGUUUUUUUUUUCCUUGAUGGGCCUGCUCUCUUCACAUCUGACCCCGCAGGCCAUUGGCUCCCUGAAGGCCCUGGACGUCUGUGCCGAGGUCCUGGGGUGUCUGCAGAGGAAGAGGAUUUCCUGGCUGCCGCUCUUUCAGUUGACGGAAGCGGAUGCCGGCCUGGGGCGCACCCUCCUCCGCCUGGCCCCUGACCACCAGGUCAGGCUGCUGCCGGUCGCCUUCUACAGCCUCCUGUCCUACUUUGACAAGGACGCCCUCCUCCAGGAAGAUGCCUUCCUGCACGUUGCUGUUAACAUGUACCUGAAGCUCGUGGGCCUCUUCGUGGCUGGGGAGACUGGUGCAGUCUGGACUCCGGCCCACGGUGGGGAGCGCCAGGCCCAGGCAGGUGCAGGGCCAGGCCUGUCUCCAGAUGGACCCGGGCGGCCAGCUCUUGGGGGCCUGCGGCCUGGGCAGCCCCUCCUGGCGCAGCGCGCAGCUGUGGGCACCCUGACCGCGGCUCUGCCUGUCUUCUCUCCAGGGCGACCCCGUAAGCCUGAUAACAAAUGCUCGUCUUUUUCUGCUGCAGUCGAUACCUCGGUGCCCAAAAAGGAGCUUCGCAGACGUGGCAGAGGUAACGCCCAGAUGCUCACCUUGCUGUCUGUCUUUAAGUCCCCAUCACUGUUCACUGUGAGGGUGCUGAACACCUUCGGGAAAACGAGCAUGCGGCGUCCAGCACUUGGCAUCUCCUCGGGCCCUGGGUGUGUGUUUGGGGGCCGUGGGGCAGCACGGGCCCAGCACACGGGCUUUCUUGCAGCUGCUGGGCGCGAGUGCGGACUGUGACCCGGAAGUGCGUGCCGCCCUCCUCAGCAGGCAGCAGGCCGUGCUGGACCCUGACCUCUGCCAGGAGCCCCGUCUCUUCUGACAGGAUCUGCGCAGGGCAUAGCCCAGCUCCUCGGUAAAUAAUUUAUUACAAGCGUAACGUGGAGCUCUCGUUGCCCUGAAAUGUGGGUUACAAACCUCGACUGCAUCAGCGGGGGAGAGGAAUCAAUUCUUUGAAGUCUGCUUCUGGCCCCAAGUCACUCUGUUUACAGGAGAAGAAACUGCCGGUCCCGGAGCAGAAGCCACAAGGCCCCGUGAGCUGUGUGCUGAGCCCCUGCCACCCAGCAUGCGGGGCGGGGGCUCGUUGGGGUGCAGAGCUGUGCCGUCAGGCCUGAACCCCCGUCACUGCCCGCUGAGCUCAGGGGCGGGCGUGCCCUCAGGUGGGCUCAGCCUUCACGGCCUGCCCCGCCGCGGGCCCAGGCGGGGGCUCCGGGGCCUUGUCCGGGGUCUGCGUCAGGGGGUGCACCAUGGACAUGUGCACGUUGAGGUUGUGAGCCUUUUCGAACCGCCGGCCGCACUGGUCGCAGGCGAAGUCCAGCUCCGUCUCGGCCUUGUGCUUGGUCAUGUGGUACUUCAGGGAUGCCCGCUGCCGGCACUGGAACCCGCAGACUUCGCACCUGGGGGCCAGGGGCAGGUGAGCCAGGGCACCGCUGGUGGGAGAAACCCCCCGCCCCCCACACUUACUGCAGGGGCUUGGCUCCUGAGUGGCGCAUCUGGUGAACCAGGAGGUGCUUCCGCUGCUUGAAGGUCUGCCCACACUCGUCACAGAUAUAGUUCCGCACCUCUGGGGACCAGAGAGGCAGUGACCACAGGCCCUGACACCCUCCCCUCGGUGCCCGAGUGCCUUACAGGUGACACAGCUCUGAUACAGAGCCCUCCGUGCCGCCUGAAAUUGUCACCUGGCUGCGGCUUCCUCUCCAACUACUGUGUACAUUUCAUCUGGAGCCUGUUUUUUGCCCUUUAGGCCGAUUUCCUUGAGCACAAAUUUUUAGAGGAAGCCAAAUCAGUAAGGUUUCAUAGAUGACUGAUCACAGUUGCUGCUACUCUAAGACCCACCGCCACGCUGGGCCCACUGCGGGGUACCCACUGCAAAGGCAAUCUUAACGCUCCUGAACAGAACUUGAACCGUCACGCCCACACCAGUGGUCCCACUGCGGGCCGUGCCAGCGGGGCAGCUGCCACGCGCUUCCCGCCCCGCGUCACUGCACGUCCCGCUGCUCAUCUACCAGUACCUGAACCAGCCUCCCAGGCAGGCUCCUCCCUCACUAGGGGCAGCCGUCCCGACAGCACCCGAUCUAGCCUCUUCUGUGUUAAAACCAAAAACUGCUUGUGGUCACGACCACUGGCAUCCAGACUGAGAACAGCUUGACCCAACCCAAGAGAAUUACUGUGUUCGUUAGAAGACACAGACAAGAACACUUGGAGCAAAAAACACAGGAAAACUGUUUGUUUCGCUGUGGAAACAACAAGUAAAUGUGCGCCGACAAUUAAACUGUCAAAUCUGA